GGGCGAGCUAUGACAUGAUUGGCACGACAUGGUCCAAGUGGCAGCAACACCAUGUUCACUCUUUCUUAAAGCUGUCAAGUCCACAUCUUUUACUUUGCCUUGGUGCGCUUCUGUCUCUCUCACCCAAUUCUUUAGCCCGAUAAACAUUUUCUCUACACUCUUUUUUACAUUGAAUUUUGCAGCAAACCAUGUCUGAGCAACCUCCCCAGCCAGGCCCCCAGCCUGGGCAGAUUCCCAUGCCGCAACCUGGGCAGCGACCGACACCCGAGCAGAUCCAGGCAAUGCAGCGCCAACUCGCCAUUGAUGCUGAGAAGAACGGCAUGACUGUCCCUGAAUUUAUUGAGCAUAUUAAGAGACAAGCACAAGAGCAAAUGAGAAUGCGCGCACAACAGCAACAGCAAGGUCAUGAUCACGACCACGACCACAACGGUCAUUCUCAUGAUCACGGACAACCUCCCCAGCAGGGUCGCGCCCAGCCUAUUACGCCGGGACCCCCCAACCCCAAAGCUAUUGCUCUUGCCUCGUUCCUCCGAGGUCAGGAUCUCAAGCCCAGAACUGUGAUUCUAAACGGCGAGCGAAAGGACAUGUUUCGAGUCAAGCGAGCCCUCCGAGCUCUUCAGUCCCCCGCAUAUGAGAAAGCCCGUAAGAAGAACCCUCUUCUUCCCGAAAUCACCGACAGAGCUUCUCUCGAGAACACAUUCAAGUUGUUGCCCCUGAGCAUGCUUGCCCUCCGAGUUUCCAAGGUCGAACCGCAGGCUGGUCCUAACGGAAAGAAGCCCAAGCGUGUCAAGGGACAGUGGACUGUCAAGAUUGAGCAGCAACAAGAGGCAAAGGAGGAUAUGUACUACUGCUGGCUGUGGGAAGGUAGCCAGCUGAAGCGCAAGAUCUACGCUGGUCUUGCACUCCUUGCCAUCUUCGCUAUCGUCUUGUACCCUCUGUGGCCUUUGGUGCUGCGCCAGGGUGUUUAUUACCUCAGUUGGGGACUCCUUGGUCUUCUCGGACUGUUCUUCUUGAUGGCCAUCUUCCGAGUUAUCCUGUUCUGCAUCACCUACUUUACAACACCACCUGGACUAUGGCUAUUCCCCAACUUGUGGGAGGACGUUUCUUUCAUGGACAGUUUCAGACCCGUUUGGGCUUGGCACGAGACCGAGAAGAAGAAGAAAAAGAAGAAGUCUGCUGCCCCUGGAACCACCCCCAACCCCGCCUUCGCAGCCGCUACUGGACAGGUCAACACAAGUGCGACUACAACUGGCACAGAUACCCAGGUCAAGACUGCUGGUGUGCAGCAACGGCACUACGAGGCCCCAAGGGUUGAAGAGCUCGAUGAUGACGAGUAAAUGGCAUCUAAAAGUGACCUUGGGUGAUGGCGUUUUUUGGGAGUUGUAAUAGUAUCGUGGAUCUACCCUGUAGUGUGGAAAGCGACCAAAGCGGUUUCUUUUUUGUACGAGAUUUCCCCAAGUUUAUACAGGCAUGUACAAUGUCAAUUUUGUCGUGAAAUGUUCAUAUUUUGGAUGGAUAUCUAGAACACAAACCGAAGCACCCCGCCAGCCAUAGUCCGUGACAAGAACAGCAAUAUCGAGUCGCCUCGUUUUCCUCCAAUGAUGGGAAUUUUCUACAGCACUUUUGGAUAGUCGAUCCUUGAUAACAACAAGAGCUCGAUUCACUUAACCCCUCCAUGAUAGCUCCUU